CUUGUCUCUAAAACAGUUAAUCUACCAUCUCUCUUUCUCUCUCUCCCUCUCCCUCUUUUAUUAUCUCCUGAUCAUCUUCCUUAAGGAGAGAUAAAAUGGAGCCGAAAUGGCUGGAAGCUCUCUUAAGAACAAACUACUUCAACAUUUGUCCUCGACACUGCGAGACACCACGAAAUGAAUGCAACAUGUUCUGUCUCUCUUGUCAAAACGCUGCGUUUUGCAUCUACUGCCGAACCUCCCUCCACAUUGAUCAUCCCGUCCUUCAGAUAAGAAGAUCGUCGUAUCAUAAUGUGGUUAGAGUAUCGGAGAUAGAGAAGGCAUUGGACAUAAGAGGAGUACAAAAUUAUGUCAUCAAUAGCGCGAGGGUUCUCUUCUUGAACGAGAGACCUCAGCCUAAGAAUUCUUCUCAUGGCGCCACGUCAUCCACCACCAAAAUCAUUUCCUACUUCUGCGAGACUUGUUGCAGAACGCUUCUUGAUCCAGCUCGCUUCUGUUCCUUGGGUUGCAAGGCUGAAGGAAUGAGGAAGAAUAAGGAAGAGGAAGAAGAGAGAUUGCGUAAAGAAAGACAACAAGAAACGCACAAAGGCACGCAUCCUCCAACUCAUACUUCUAAUUCUAGGCGACGUAAAGGCACUCCUCAUAGAGCUCCUUUUGCUUCCUAAUUAAAUCAAAUCUUUUUCGAGAAAUUAGAAAAAAAUAAACUUUCCUUUGAUUUAUCUAAUACAAUUAAAUGGUCCACCCAAAUUAGCAUAAUAUAUGCGUAUUGGGUGGGUGUUUAUAUAUUUUUCACCAAUUUGUACAAAGUCCAGCUCACUUCUCACAAUCAUCUCACAUGGGAACAACAAUUUGUAUAAAAUAAAAU